GGCUCAGUCUCUACCAGCAGCAGGUCGGUGCCAGUUUCGAGCUGCACUCCAGUGGAUGUUUGGGGUCAGACAGAAUUUUCUAAUCCAUCACCAUUGUACCAAUUGUCUAUAAAAAUUAAUGUGCGAGUGAAGCUCUGCCUCCAAAGGAGGGCUAUCAAAUUGCAAUUCCCUAUUUAUUAUUCCAAAGAAAGAAAUGAAUGACUCUGAAGAUUUCAAGACCCCACUUAAUGUUUUCCAGGAGGGCCAAAGCAGAAGUAAAGACCAAAUAGAUGGCACAGGGAUGAGCAUAGGCAACAAGAAGGGAGUGAGGGUAACUGGGAAAAAUGCACCUCCUGUGGACUCGAGCCCCAGAGGAGAAGGUCCAUCCAUCAUCCAUUCUCCGAUCACCACUCAUAUACCCCAAGAUGUCCCCACAGUUAUCUCCAUUGGUCCUCUGCCUCCCAGGCCUUUAGAGGAAGUUCAUGAUUCCAGUAUUGACGAGUCUCCCAGUGGAGAGGACUGGACAAGAGAUGCCUCAUCUCAACCCAGGGUGUCCUUUCGUGAUAUGGGUGUACCCCGGCAGACCAUGGAGGAGCUGAAGACAGUCCUUAGGGAAAGUCCUUUGCUCAACAUUCGAGGAGGAGAUGAUGGCAAACCAGGGAGUCCUUAUACUUAUCUUCAUGGGAGCAGUAAUGGUAGUGGGGGAGGACCCAAUGGACGGCAGGAUGAUGGAAACCCUCAUAGGCCGUUUAGCACCUUCAAACCUCAAACUGAUGCUUCCAGAAGGGGGCCCAGGUCCAGAGAGAGCACAUCUAUUCAGCCUGCUUCGACCAUGGAUUCAUCCAGCUCAUUCAGGUCUACUGCCAACACAAAUAGGCAGCCUGAAGUCAGGACACACACACAUUCAAGCAGCGGCUCCUGGGGAGAGACUGGGGAUUCUCAUUCAGACAACGGAAACGACACAGUGGAGUUUUCUGGGAACCAGCGGUUCAUUGCAGCCAUGGAGCAGAUCAAGCAGCAGAUUGCUAGAGAAAACAUUAACUUUGUCCGCUUUGAGGCUACUGAUCUCCAUGGGGUGUCCAGGUCCAAGACAGUACCUGUCCGCUUCUUCCACGAGAAAGCAGUAUAUGGGGUUCCUAUGCCGAGAAGCUACCUGGAGUUGACCCUGAGCCCCAAGAGCAAUGAAGUGGACCAUGCCAGCACAGCUAAUUUCAGUAGUGAUGUCCUCCUGAUACCUGAUCUUUCAACCUUCAGGGUCCUACCCUGGGCAGAGCAGACAGCACGGGUCAUCUGUGACCCAUGCACCGUAACAGGAAACCCACUUCGCACUUCGCCUCGACUCAUUGCUAAGCAACUCCUGGGGCAGCUCCAGAGCCUGGGAUUCUCGCUGCACUCAUCCUUCACUUACGAAUGUUGUGUUCUAGGAGCCCCUGACCGGAUUGGACCAAAGACACUGCUGUUCCCUGCUACCACCCUUCUCAGCAACCAUGACCUGCCUUUCUUCCAGCAGCUAGUGGACAGCAUGUACUGCAUGGGUGCAGACAUAGACAGUAUUGCUUCUGCUAGCGGCCCCGGCCAGAUGGAGAUUAAUUUGAGGCCAGAAUUUGGUAUUGCGGCUGCUGAUAGUGCUUUCACCUUCCGCACUGGCAUCAAAGAAAUGGCUCGUAAAUAUAGCUACAUUGCAAGCUUUUUCACUGAUGAUGGGCUUUACAAUGCUGGGGUGCUCUCUCAUAGCCUGUGGGAUGCUAAUGGGCGACGUAGUCUCUUUCACAGUAGUGACAAGGCAGGUGAGUUGUCUGAGAUUGGUAGAAAAUGGCUGGCCGGGCUCCUUACUCACUCUGCUGCCCUGAGCUGCCUGAUGUCACCUGGCCUUGGCUGCAGAAGUCACAUAGCCAAGACAAUCAAAGACCCCAAACGUAUGCUGUACGCUACCUGCGGCUCCAAUGAUAACAGCAGUUCUUUUAACAUAAAGUGUCAUGGUGGGAGGGAAGCACACAUCGACAACAAGCUUGGUUCAGCCAUGGCCAACCCUUAUAUUGUACUGGCUGCUACCGUGGCCGCUGGACUGGAUGGAAUCAGGAGAAACCUCACCAUGGACAACAGUCUGAACAAAGCCCCCGGCCAGCAGAGGGAGUUUUCCAUUCCCGUAAAGCUCGACGAUGCUCUGGAGGCCUUGGGAGAUGAUCACGUUAUUCGCAGUACCCUCGGAGAACCUUUUGUUCAGUAUUUCAUUGCCAUGAAAAAGUUUGAGAUUGAGACCCAGGAACUGGAUGAUGAGAGGAACAAGUGCCUUGAGUAUUUCAUUUAGUAGGUUUUCUGGUUGAAAUAUACUUCCUCCUGCCACAUAAACUGUAUCCUGAGAAACCACUGCUUGCAAAGAAUAACUUUUUUUAUUUCAAUGUUGAUACCUUUGUUACCAUAUUAUUAUGAAGACUGUAUUUUUCAGACAAAGGUUGGAAUAAAGGUAUAAGAAC